AUGUGUUAUCCUAUGGUUAUAGCACGUUUUCUAAUGACAAAUGCAAUUAAUCAAUUACUUGAACAUCAAAAUCAAAAUGCUAGUACACGUUUAAUAAUUGAUUAUCUUGGUUUAAUAAAAAAUCUUAUUCAAUUACUUCGUUAUUCAAAUUUAUUUGAUUUUGAUCAAUUAUUAAUUUCAACCCAAAUUGGAUCUAUAGAAGAAAUUCGUGUUAGUGAAGCCUUAAAAACAGAUAUUACAUAUCUUUUAUCUUUAUGUGAAUACGGUGAUCUACAUUUGCGUGGUGCAUGUGCAAAUUUACUUGUUACAUUAAUUCAAACAACAAAUCAUCUUUUAACACUAUCGUCAUUAUCAAAUUCAUUUAAUAAUUCUUUUAUUAAUCAAUGUUCACUUGUAUCAACUGAUUCACAAGAUAGUUCAAGUCAUGCAUUUACAAUCAUAGGAAUUGAAUUAUUAGAAGAUUCUAUUCAACAUACUACACGUUCCUGUAUUCUUGCUAAAUUUGCUCUAGCUCAACUUAUGGAUGAUAUUGAUUUUCGAAUAUUAACUUAUCUUGAACAACAAUUAAAACAACAGUACCCUGAUAUACAUGUUCGUCAAGCAAUUGCUUCGACUUUUGCUAACAAACGAAAAAAUGUUUUGAAAGUAGCACAAAUGAUUCAACAUUUUAUUUAUUGUAUUGCUGAAUUUCUUGUUAUGUUAUCACAUGAUACACUUCAUUCAAAACGAGUUAUUAAAAUACAAGAUUUAAUAAAACAUAAUGAUUCAUUAUUAACAAGUGGACAUGAACCUGAAACACAUACUUUGGCAGCAUUAGAACCAGUUUUAUAUGAUUUUUUUUCUUGAAUAGAUUUAGAUGAAAAUGGUCUUCUAUUAGUUUUAUUAAUUGAACAAUUCCUUCCAUUACCAUAUACAUCUAUAUUACGUUUAGCUGAAUUAAUUGUUUAUGAUUGUAUUGAAAUGAUGUUAACACUUGACCAACAAACAUUAAAUAAACAAUUAUGA